AUGUACCUCAAAUGCAAAAAUAUAACCGAAUCGUUUAAAACAUUCCAACAAAGUAGAAUCACUGGUGGCACAGAAGCACCGAAACACUCUUCUCCGUGGCAAACUGCCUUUGUUAUCGACAAUCAAGGCUUUUGUGGUGGUUCACUUACUUUUAAAAAUUAUGUGCUUACUGCUGGUCACUGCACGUCACAUGAUCCCGUGAAUGAUGUUGGAGUCGUUCGAUUAUCAGCUCUAGCCAUAGUCAACUCUUAUGUCCAGGUUGUUCCUCUUGCCAACAGUAGAAGUGGGAAAUUCAACAACGUCUUCGCUACCGUAUCAGGAUGGGGCAGAACAACAGAUGACUCAUGGUACCUAUCGCCAGUUCUUAUGAGAGUUAACUUGACCACAAUAGAAAAUAUGAUUUGCCAGAUUCAAGUUCUCAGAUUAAAAGCAGUCAUUAGAAAUACCAAUAUCUGCACAACUGGAUGUGGUACAAAAGGGGGCUGCAAUGGAGAUUCUAGUGGUGCUUUAAUUAGUUAUGACGUUCAUAUUGGUAUCGUUUCAUUUGGAGGGACUGAGUGUCGGAGAGGAACGCCUUCAGUUUUCAUAAGAGAGGAAUAA